CAAUCAGCGAUGAGGUCUCAUCGGCCGGCCGGGCGGCGGCCGGUGUCGAAUGACCUGAGGUUAUAAAGCGGGCCCUGCGGGUAGUCGGUGUCACAGAACGAAGGCCGGACGGAGGAUCGUCUCCUAGCGCUCGGUCUGUUCUGCACCGACCGUCGCCGCUGCUCGGCUCAGCCCGCCGGGGUCUGCUCCCUCUCGAAGUCCCGCGCUCGCCACCAUGGUGAUCAAGAAGACCGACCCGUCCGAUGACCCGGACCCCACCCCCUUCCUGUACGUGUCGCUGGAGCAGAAGCGCAUCGACCAGAACAAGCCGUUCGACGCCAAGGUCGCCGCAUGGGUGCCCGAUGCGGAGGAGGGGUUCGUGCAGGGCAAGAUCACCGGCACCAAGGGUGACCUGGUCACCGUCUCCAUCCCCGGCGGAGACGACAAGAGUGUCAAGAAGGAGCAGGUGCAGCAGGUGAACCCGCCGAAGUAUGAGAAGUGCGAGGACAUGUCCAACUUGACCUACCUCAACGACGCCUCGGUCCUGCAUAACCUCAAGCAGCGCUACUUCAUCAAGCUCAUCUACACGUACUCCGGCCUCUUCUGCGUGGCCAUCAAUCCGUACAAGCGGUUCCCGAUCUACACCAACCGCGCCAUCGCCAUCUACAAGGGCAAGAGGCGCAACGAAGUGCCGCCGCACAUCUUCGCCAUCUCGGACGGCGCCUACACGGACAUGAUGAACAACAAUGAGAACCAGUCGAUGCUGAUUACGGGUGAGAGUGGCGCUGGCAAGACGGAGAACACCAAAAAGGUCAUCAUGUACUUUGCGCGCAUCGCCCCAUCCGGCUUCAAGCAGAAGUUUGCUUGCGGCGGUAACCUGGAGGACCAGGUCGUCCAGACCAACCCGGUGCUGGAGGCCUUCGGCAACGCUAAGACAGUCCGCAACGACAACAGCUCCCGCUUCGGUAAAUUCAUCCGCAUCCACUUCGGGCCGGCCGGCAAGCUGGCGGGCGCCGACAUCGAGACCUACCUGCUAGAGAAGGCUCGCGUCAUCUCGCAGCAGCCCAACGAGCGCUCCUACCACAUGUUCUACCAGAUCAUGUCGGGUGCCAUUUCCGGCCUCAAGGACAUGCUCGGCUUGACGUCCAGCAUCCGGGUGUACCGGUUCGUCUCGCAGGGCAAAACCACCAUCCCUGGCGUCGACGAUGGCGAGAUGAUGCAGGAGACGGAUGAGUCGUUCGACAUCCUCGGCUUUAACCAGGAGGAGAAAGAUAACAUUUAUAAGAUUGUGGCUUCGGUGAUGCACCUGAGCACGCUCAAGUUCAAGCAGCGCGGUCGCGAGGAGCAGGCUGAGGCCGACGGCAAGGAUGAGGGUGACCGUGUCGCCAAGCUGGUCGGAGUUGAGGGGCCCCAGCUCUACUUGAACCUGCUCAAGCCCAAGAUCAAGGUCGGCAACGAGUUUGUGACUCAAGGUCGCAACAAGGACCAGGUCUACUAUUCGGUGGGCGCGCUGGCCAAGGCCAUGUACGACCGCAUGUUCAAGUGGUUGGUGAAGAAGGUGAACCUGACUCUGGACACCAAGCAGAAGCGGCACCGCUUCAUCGGCGUGCUCGACAUUGCCGGCUUCGAAAUCUUCGACCUCAACAACUUUGAACAGCUGUGCAUCAACUACACCAACGAGAAGCUUCAGCAGUUCUUCAACACCACCACAUGUUCCGUGCUGGAGCAGGAGGAGUACCAGCGCGAGGGUCUUCAAUGGACCUUCAUCGACUUCGGCCUCGACCUGCAAGCUUGUAUUGACCUGAUCGAGCGGCCGAUGGGAGUGCUCUCGCUGCUCGAGGAAGAGAGCAUGUUCCCCAAGGCCACCGACAAGACGUUCGAGGAGAAGCUGAAGAACAACCACCUGGGCAAGUCGUCCUGCUUCAUCAAGCCCAGGCCCCCCAAGCAGGGCCAGGCGGAGGCCCACUUCGCCAUCGUCCAUUAUGCCGGCACGGUGGCGUACAACCUGAUCGGCUGGCUGGAGAAGAACAAGGACCCGCUGAACGACACCGUGGUGGACCAGUUCAAGAAGGGUGCCAACGCGCUGGCCGUGGCCAUCUUCGCCGACCAUCCGGGACAGUCGGGCGGCAAGGACGAGAGCGGCGGCAAGGGUGAGCAAUCGCCCUUAUAGAUGACAACGUGAGCCCGCGGAGGGAUGAUUAC